UUGUUUCUCUUUAUGACCUCAUUCAAUGGAGUGACUUUAAGCCGGCGCCCUGCGAUAGAUGGAGCUUUUUAAGUAGAUUUUACAUUACUUCCACACUGCUGGAAAUUUUAAUCACGUUUUGUCAACAGCAAGCAUCCACAGAGGUUUAUCCCGCCCCGUUGGUGAAGCCACGUGCGCCCCCUUUUGUAGCCAUUGAAUUUAUUCACAUACCGGUCACGUUCCUCAAAUUGUCAUUACUGCUUUUCCAUUGGACCCUUUUGUAGCAUCUAAUAUUUUAAGCUGUUGAGUCAGCAGAGUGCAUUAUUGCACUUGUUUGAAAGGUGAACAAUGGCUGCUGCCCAUUUUUGUAUGGGGAAACUGAACAUUUUAAGCAUUUUUGUUUACUGCCACCAAGCAGACCAGUGUGUGAACAUCAUUUGCCUCUGCACACAUCGAUGAAAGCAGACUGACUUCAGUGAUUAUCUGUGUGGCAAUAUGUCGAGUUUAGCCACUGGUCCCAUUCUCCAGCUUAAUCCACCAGAGCAGCACACUGAGCGCUGUAAGAGAAAACACAGCGACUCCUGCCAAGAUUGUGGGCCUUCCUCCAGUUCAACAAGACACAAAGAACUCAACUGUUCACCUACCAGAGAAAUAGCAGAACCUAAAAGAAGAAAGCUUGUCUUACACUUUGAUUUAAAUAACACUAUCGUGGUCUCUGAUGCUGCCACAAAGCAAGACACAGUGAAGGCUCUGGACUACUUUUUGUCCACCGUCACAUGGGGCAGAUUGGACAAAGAAGGCAGAUGGGAGUGGCUGAGCGAUUUACCUUCUCUCCUUCCACCAUGCCCAGGGGCAGUUUCUUACUACUACCAAUUCGGGCGUGUGCCAGCUUUCACCGAGUCUGCUGAUGGUGUACGCUUCAGGAGAAUUCUUGAGUAUCAUCUGUCACUGCUGGAGUGGCAUGGUGAAGAGGACAAGGUGCUGGCUGUAAGUGCAGAAGAUGGCAAGGUAUAUCACUGGAUUCUGCCUGCUUUCUUCCAUCUGCUACAGGCAUUGAGCUUGCAGCACAGAGAGUUUGCCAUCCUGUUCAGAACUUUUGGCACAGAUUUGCCACGUGUCUUAGUUUCAAUGCAGAAGGUGUUGAAGGAAGGGGGCCAUCCACUAUUCUGUGAUAUUCAAGCAUCACAUAUAUCUUUAACUCUAACUCCUGGUCGCAUACGCUGUGGCAAGAAUAAUGUGAAACUUACGAGAGGAGAUGAUAAAAUUAUUUCAAGGGGAGAUGACAGGAGGUUGUACCAGUAUUUCAGUUCUCUGCAAGGGAUUGGAGGAUUUCAAGAUCAUUUUGAUUGGUGGGUGCGCAAUAGCUUUUCAAGUUUGGGGGGUAAGCCAGUUUGGAUUGACCCCUAUGAUCCUGAUGUACAGCACAUUUUUAUUGAUGAUAAUAUUCGACUGAAUGAUGAAGAUACAAUUGUCAAUCCAAAGGUGUUUAUUGAUAAAGAAAGUCACCAGACACGUACAGCCCCAACUUCCGAGUUCUACAAUGUUAACCUUGUUCAGACUGACCUCUUGAUGGCCAUUUCUAACCAAAACUACUUCAUUGAUUGUAUCAGAGCUUGUGAAGAGAACUAUGAAAAAUACCUCCAAGAAUCAGAUAAUUAGGCAACUGCACAGGUCAUUUGAGAGUUGAGUGUCAUUUUUGUGGACUUUGACAUUAGCAACCCAAGCAUGAGAGUAAGCCCACAGUAGUGUGUUUGUUUUUUUAAGCAGAAGUGAUAGCAGUCAGCUUGUAACUUGAUAAAGGAAAACGACAUUGUACCAAACGCUGUUAUACACUGGACAGAUACAGUGAGGCACUUUAGUUCAUUACAGAGUAUGUAAAAGUUUCAAAGGUGGUAUGUGGUGGGUUUCCACUCAAUCCAGUUUACUUGAUUCUCUUCUCUGUGUUUAAGAAUGGCUGAUGAAACUUGAAGAGCCACACUGUGUUCUGUGUGUGUUAUUUGGUUUUACAGUAACUUAUAUAGAAAUGAACAAAAAGUAUAUUUUGCGAGCAUAAGUUAUUUUUUAAAAGGUGUGGCAGAUGGCCAGGACGCCGCUUCUGUAUAUGAUCCGGGGGAACAGACAUGGGCUGCACAAUACCUCCCCUGGGGCGCUGGAUGGCAGCCCCGCUGGGUUGCAGUGGUGCCUCUGACUCCCGUAGGGCUUCAUGGGAGUUGGAGUUGGUUACAGCCCCGUCGGGAUCCGAGGGUGCCACCAGGGAGUGCUGCAACAACUGCUGAGCCCUCUUGGGCGGGUUUUCUGCCACAUCCAGAAGUAGGUCAAUGAGCACCUGGAGCACUUCCGGGGGUGUUAUAAAAGGAGCCAGCAGUCGUUACUCCGGGGGCCGGAGUCAGUUGGAAGAGGACAGAGCUUGCAGGAGAGGAGUGGAGGCAGUGAAGAAAAGGCAAUAAAAAGAGAAAGGAGUGGAAGGAGUCUUUGGGCACUGUGUAUGUGCUGUGUUAUGAAGAGGAAACGAAAAUAAACCGUGUGUGUUGUGGA